AUGGCUCAGAGUGAACCAUUCAUCAGGAAUGACUCUCAGAGCGGGAGGCGUGAUCUGAAUACCAGCUAAAUAUCCAACUCUCUGAGGGCUAGCAAUUUGUCGUCCAGGAAUAACCCUACUAAAAUUUCAGGUCUUAAUAACUUAAACAAUCAAAUGUAUUAAAGCCAUAACGUCAAUAGCCAUAAUUCAGGAAACAUGGCUAAUUAAAGCACCAGUUAGAAUGCAUCUUAAACACAACUAAAUAAGCAAUCUAGAAAUGGUGAUCCAUUGAUGUCCCCUCAUGACACUUAGUUUAAAAAGUAAUAUCAAACUCAGGACUCUAAAAAGGCCUCAUUAAUCAUUGGAUCCAAUGAGAAGGACACAAAUCAUAAGCUUCCUCCAUAACAAUCGAAUCAUUUGCGCAAAGAAUCGCAUAACAACAAAAGAAAUUCUAUUCAAAUUGAAAAACCCUCAUCUAGGAAGUCUGAGACUAGAAACUAAAAUUAAAAUCAGCCAUUGGUAUCAAGCACAGGUGGCUCAUUUGAUCAUAAAUUGCAGUAGAGAUAAAACAGUGAAUCGAGACAGUAAAACGAUAAUAAAUCAGUCCUUAAAUCUAAUUAAUAUUGGACUGCACAGGAGUAGAUCAAGAAUCCUUUGAAAAAUUUUGACGAGGCUAAGUAUUCUUCUAAAUCUCAUGGAUUAAUCGUCUCAUACGCAGCCAAUACUCAUUAGGGCAUUCAAAGAAAUUAUAAUGAGGAUAGAGUGUCAAUCAUUCUAAAUAUGACUAGACCAGCUUCCAAAAAGAACUUAUCCAUAUGGCCAAAGUGUUCAUUUUUUGCCAUAUAUGAUGGUCAUGGAGGUUCAUAGUGUGCAGACUUUUUAAAAGAAUAUCUACAUCAAAUCAUUAUUAAUUAAGAUUGCUUUCCUUCGAAUCCUGCAUAGGCUUUGACUAAUGGUUGUUUGGCUGCUGAAUAGCAGUUUACAAGCAUGGCAGACUAAGCUGGAAAACAUGAUAAGUCAGGUUCAUGUGGGAUUAUUGUACUUAUUGUUGAAUAAAACUGUUAUGUAGCAAAUGUAGGAGAUAGUAGAGCAAUAAUGUCAGCUGAACAUGGACAAAAGCUUUUUGUGCUUUCUAGAGAUCAUCGACCUAAUGAAGAUACUGAGAAGAGUAGAAUUACUGAAAACGGUGGAAAAAUAUAUCAAACCUAGACAUACUAAACAUUAUCUCCCUAAAAUUCUUUAAAUCCUUAGCUCUAUGGCAGUUAAUAACUCUUAGUUGGGCCAUUUAGAGUUCUUCCAGGUAGACUAAGUGUUUCAAGGACAUUUGGAGAUAUUGAGGCUAAACUUGAUAAAUAUGGUGGCAAAUAAGGUGUGGUAAUUGCCUAGCCUGAAAUAGCUUAGUUUGCAAUCUAGGAUGACUUGCACGAUUUUAUAAUUCUUGGUUGCGAUGGUAUAUUUGACCGAUUAAAUAACUUAUAAUUGUAAGACUGUGCAUGGAAAACUAUUUAAUAGCAUAAAAACUCUGGGUAAAAUUUAACUAUUCAUCAAGUAUGUGGGAAGAUAGUUGAUUCAAUUCUUCAACUGUCAGCUAUUGAAAAAUCUUUUGAUAAUUUGACCCUAGUCAUUAUAGCUUUUAAAAAUGUAGAUGAGUAUUAUAAUAAAAGAGAUAGUGAUUAGUCAAAUACAAAAAAUAUCAAAAUUUUAGAAGAAGACUCACAACCUAAUUUCGUUCCAAGCACUAUAAACUCAAACUAAUAGACACCGUAAUAGCAAAAUUCUCUAGAGAGAAAUAAAAAAUUAAUGCUUGAAAAGUUAAUUGCUUCAAAAAGAGAUCCAAGACUUUCAUCCAGAGGUAGAUCACACAAUCACUAUGGAGUAAAUAAAGAUGGCAGUGAAAUUGAUUCAUAAUCUCCAUAGAGAUAGGAUUCUGUUGUAAGUUAAAAUGAGUCAGGGCUGCCUUUGCUUAAAUCAAAUUAGAAAUCAACCUUUGGCAUUCAAAAUUAGAUCACUACAAUUUAAUCUAGAAAGACGAACAGGAAUAAAUUUCUACAACAAAGUACAAAUACGAAUGGCAAGACAAAUUAUCUGGCUUAGUAGCAACAAAUUUUAGACACUUAAAAUUAGCAAGAUAGUAUCACUAAGCAAAACUCUAUGAAUUCCAAUUAAACUUAGCAAUCAAAUAGUAAUGGCUCUACUUUGAGUCAAAUAGUCAACUCACGAAAUAGAGCAUUAGCCUCAUUCUACAAUUCCGAGAAGUUAAAUCAAUAGCCUCUACCAUAGACAACACAGCAGCAAGCAAAUGAUUAUUCUAGCCUUUAUAGAAAAUCUAGACAAGGCUUGAAUUAAAUGCAAGUUAGUAAUGGUUUUAAUAAAAGCUCUCCAACUUAGGAUUAAAACUCAAGACCAAAAUCUAACUCUAGAAGUAACUAAACUGAAUUGAAGAAAACUGUAAAUAAUAUAGUUAAUCCAUCGUAGUCAAUCAUUAAUCCUUCAUCAAGUAACUAGUUUGAUAUAAAUGCUGCAAAUACUCCCUAGAAAUAUGGUAGUUUCUAAUUCCCUUCAAGACCAAAUAAUCUAACUUAAUCUCUAUUCAAUUAAAAUUACACUCCUAAGUAGAAUAGUGGUGUGGCCAAAUUGAACUAAGGUGGACCAAGUCUAGGGGGGUCAAUAGUAAAUACAGGACUAGGGACUUUAAACAGAGAUGAGAAUAAUAAUAAUAAUAGAUUGAGUCUUAAUUAUGAUAAAAGCAGUUUUCUUAAAAACCCCAAUAAUACAAAUCCUUAAAACUCCAAUAUAUCGCCAGAUAAAAAGAAAAAUUUGCCUUCUUUAAAGGGUCCGAAAGCACAAGCUGAUGAAAGUAUUAGCAAGCAAAGUAUAUUACUCAACAAAAAGAAGCCUUGA